UCAUCAACUCUGUGCUGGCAGUAUAAAACACCCCGGGUCUAGUUGACGGCAGGCUGGACUAGAGGCUGGACCACUGAAAAUGUGGACGACGGUCACUACCACUGGUCUUCUGGCCACUUUAUGUGGUCUCUUGUCGGUGGUGCAGGCUGGCGUCAUGAUGAAUUGUAAUCAGCCAGAAAAUGAUAACAGAACAAUUUACGACUUUUCUCUGUUGGACGUUCACAAAGAAAGGACAAUUAGUCUGAGCGAUUACCGCGGAAAGGUCGUGUUGAUUGUGAACGUGGCCACCUACUGAGGCCUGACCCACCAUUACUACGGGAUGAAUGCACUCCAGUCCCAGUAUGGUAGUCACGGCUUCGUCAUCCUCGGCUUUCCGUGUAAUCUUUUUAACAUGCAAGAGCCAGGAGCUAACGGUACAGAGAUCCUCAAUGGCGUGACACACGUGCGACCAGGAGGGGGAUUUGUGCCCAACUUUCAGCUCUUUGAGAAGAUAGAGGUGAACGGGGCCAGAGAACACCCGCUCUUUACGUACCUGAAGAGUAACUGUCCUCCGACGACUACGAGCUUUAACCCCUCUGUGCUCUUCUACUCCCCCAUCCGGGCUGGUGACGUGGCCUGGAACUGGGAGACUUUCCUCAUCAACAAGUCGGGCAAGGUCAUCAAGAGGGCGGUGCCUUCCGUGGACCCUGCCGCGCAGGCGCAGGACAUCGAGUUGGAGCUGGCUCGGGCCUAACGUUUCUAGGGGCAGACGCCGACAAGACCAGCUCUGUAGUUUGAGAGCCCGAGUGAAAUUUUAAACGCCUUAAUUUUUUAAAAUCUUUCUUUUAAAUAUUCGUUUUCAUUGGAAGAUUUGGGGGGUGGGGGUGUAAAAAUGGUGUUAGAGUUUAACGAACAAAUAUGGUUGAGUGCUCAUCAUUUUGUAUGAAAAGACCAUGACGUGUCCUCUGCAAACAGCCAUUACUGGCUGACAGACGACGCCGACACGCUACUGACGUCACACUGACUAGUGCAUUCGUCAUGUGACUGACGUAGCGACUUUUCGCCAGAUAGAAAAUGAUUAUCACGUGACAUUUGUUUCAACUCUAGUCUACAGUGUAUGGCGAGACAACGCUUGAAAUAAAAGAAAUAUGAAAAACUU